GGAACAGCAUCAGAGCUGGAGCUACCCAUCUCUCCCUCCCUCUCCCGUUUCUCUCUCUCUCUUUCCCUCUGCCUCUCACACAACGAAAGGAGAAGAAGACUAUUGGACUUGGAAAUACACAUGAAAAACCGGCUGUGAUCUGAGUCUCACGGUGUCACACUGGACUGCUGCUCUAAAACAUGGGUCCCAGCCAUGAGGUGAAUACCUGCUGCCACUCAAUACAGUAUGUGAGGGGGCUCACUCCCGCGGAUGGAAAUUGACACGAGGAGUGACAGUGAUUGAGGAUAACAAUGAUGGAAGACAGAGUGAUCCAGCCCAAGCCAGAGCAUUUCUCCUCAACCCUUCCUUCGCUUCACCGUCCGGCCAUCUGAAGGAUACAUUGACCUUCACACAUCCAGCUUGCCUGACAAACUGGAGCAGGGUACAUUGAAAGGUUGCUCCUUUCCUCUCUGCCAAAGACGAAACGACUACAACAGGGCCAAAGCUUUGGGGACCAGGUGACAGCAGAAAUCUGUUCUGUCUGGCCACGGUAACAAAUGAGCCUUUAUUUGUGAAGUUAACAUUGCUAACAUCAGACUCCAUAAGGACCAAUUACUAUCUGAAGGGAAUAGUGGGCCAAGAUGAAGGAGACUGUGUUUGUGGCUUGUUUGUUAGCGGAGCUAGCUCUGACUGCCUUUGUUCUGGCCUCAGAGGGGGGCACUGCUCAUUGCCCCGCAUUGUGCCGGUGUGAGAUACGACCCUGGUUCUCUCCCAGCUCUAUUUAUACAGAGGCUCCCACGGUGGACUGUAAUGAUUUAGGCCUAUCGACACUGCCAGAGAAACUGCCCUCAGACACACAGGUGCUAUUGUUACAGACCAACAAUAUCAUCAGCAUCGAGAAAUCUUUGGAUUACCUGGCUAAUGUCACAGAUAUAGACUUAUCCCAGAAUAACAUAUCCUCUGUGAGCGAUGUCCGUCUGGGUCCUCUUCCCCAUCUGCUAUCACUGCACAUGGAAGAGAACUGGGUUCCAGCCUUAUCAGAUAGCUGUCUCCCGUCCCUGCCCAACCUCCAGGAGUUCUACAUCAACCACAACCUGAUCUCCUCCAUCAGUCCUGGGGCCUUCCAGGGGCUGGGGAGGCUCCUGCGGCUCCAUCUCAACUCCAACCGUCUGAGGGGCAUCAGCAGGGAGUGGUUCCAGCCGCUACCCCGCCUGGAGAUCCUGAUGAUUGGGGAGAACCCCAUCGUCCAAUUGUCAGACAUGAACUUUAAGCCCCUGGUCAACCUACGCAGCUUGGUUCUGGCCAGGAUGAAUAUGUCCGAAAUCCCGGACGACACUCUGGUCGGCCUCGACAAUCUGGAGAGCAUCUCGUUUUUUGACAACCUGUUUGUCAGAGUCCCCCGGGCUGCUCUGAAGAAAGCCAAGAACCUGAAGUUUCUGGAUCUCAACAAGAACCCCAUUGAGCGGAUUCAGAGAGGGGAUUUUGUGGACAUGUUCCAUCUCAAAGAGCUGGGCAUCAACAGCAUGCCUGCACUGGUGUCCAUUGACAGCUUCGCCCUGAAUAACCUCCCAGAGCUGACCAAGAUAGAGGCUACCAACAACCCAAAGCUGUCCUACAUCCAUCCCAACGCCUUCCACAAGCUGCCGAGACUUGAGACGCUGAUGCUGAACAGCAACGCCCUCAGCGCUCUGCACCUCAACACUGUGGACUCCCUGCCCAACCUGCGCGAGGUCAGCAUGCACAGCAACCCCAUCCGCUGUGACUGCGUCAUCCGCUGGAUCAACAUGAAUCGGACCGGAGUACGCUUCAUGGAGCCCAAUUCCCUCCUCUGCGUGGAGCCGCCUGAGUACCAGGGCCAGCACGUCCGUCAGGUUCACUUCCGGGAGAUGACCGAGAUCUGCCUCCCACUCAUCUCGCCAGGGAGCCUUCCAGAUCGAGUCACGGUCGGGAGAGGGAGCUUGGUGACGCUGCACUGCCGGGCAUUUGGAGAGCCAGAGCCAGAGAUAUACUGGGUCACCCCCUCUGGGGACAGAGUCCUGCCCAACAGUGUGUCUGAUAAGCACUACAUGCAUCCAGAGGGGACCUUUGAAAUCUAUGACAUUACAAAGCGUGAGGCAGGACUGUACACCUGUGUCGCUCACAAUCUUGUUGGCGCAGACCUUAAGUCUGUGUUGGUGGUGGUUGACAGAUACUUUCCACAUCCUUCUGUUAACGCUUUACAUAUGUACGUUAGAUCAGUGCAGCCCAACUCUGUUUCAGUGUCUUGGGAUAAUACUCACGGUGGUCUUGUAUCCAAUAUAAAGUGGUUCACAGUGGCAAAUGCUAAGCACCCCUCCAUGGCACACACUGCGAGAGUACCAUCCGAUGUGAAGGAGUACCGUCUCACCCACCUGAACCCCUCCACCCAGUACCGGGUUUGUGUGGAAGUCAUGAGCAUGCAACUCGGACACAACAGGGACUGUGUCAAUGUCACCACAAAGGGACUGGCUCACCCCGUGGAGAGCAGGGAAACGUGGAACACAGUGGUGAUGGCUGCCUGUGCUGUGCUAUUCAUUGUGGUCGCUGUGGCUUGCUCUCUCAUAUACACAUCUCUGCAAAGCCAACACUUUUACAGGAAGUUGAUGGUGGACCAAUCUCAGUCAUUGCUCAGUCCUAGCACCCGCCCCGGCUCCGCCUCUUCUCUCACGGAACUGUGUGUGGCUGGAGUCAAGGUGAGGGCGACAGUGAUAGACUUGCCAGAAAACUCCAUGUAAUGUAAGAAACAUCCUUGAGAAGGAAAAUUAAUGUUGUGGAUUUUAAACAAGGUGAAAUAGUGAUGGACACAGAACUAUGUUGAUUCGUGCCCCCUCAUUUCGUCACAAUGACAGGACACUGCGUUCUGAAACUCCUGGAACACGAUGGAAUCAGAAGCCGGAGCCCUCACGCUUAAAUAUUUAACCAGCUAAACUCUGACCCAUAGACUAUUUUAUACAACAAAUUUGUGUUGUUGCGGAAAGAACUUUCACAGACCGGUAUCUAGAUUGUGAUAUACGUGGCUACUGGUCUGUCAUUCAUGAAGUGCAACUGGAAUAAAGCAGAGCACAAAGACUGUUGUCUCUCUCUGUUAUGGCUUUGUGCUUUAUAACGCCUUGUGGAGAUGUCUUUGUGGUCCACAAUGAGGAAUAUUUCCUGUGCUGUUUAAUCAACACUCAAGGAUCAUCAUUAAGAAAUACCGCUCAUUUACAGUUUAUAAUGGAAAAACGUGUUAGAUUAGUAGACAAUAACGGUGUAUAUGAUGUAAACAAUUUUAUGAUCACGUUUUUCAUUAAAAACAGUACAUUGUAAUUGUAAUUAUGAAAGACCCAACUUCAAGGAUGAUUUGCUUAGGACAAUCUGAAUACGAUAUUGGGAUACUCUGAAAGUAAACAAUCUAAGCUCCCUUCAACAAUAACAUUCAGUUGUCCAUGAAAUGGAAAAUGUUAUAAUUCAUAAAUAUGAGUCCCAUAAAUCUUUCCAUGUCACGGUCUAAACAUUGCAAGAGAAAAACAGAGUGAUGUAGACAAACACAAUUACUGGGACUGCCCUUGAAGGCGGACAUUUUAACAUUGUUACCAAAAUGCAAUCUCAGGCAGGAGGACGUGUUUUGUCAAUGACCUGGGAGUAGGAGUGUGUGUGUGUGUAUACACACUGUACUGUGUGUGUGUAUACACACACUGUACUCUGUGUGUGCGUGUGUGUGUGUGUGUGUGUGUGUGUGUGUGUGUGUGUGUGUGUGUGUGCGGCAUCAGAAAAACCCAUCGACUUUGAACUGCAUUAUAUUCUCUUUCAUUAAAAAUCCAAUAUGGAUUCCUAACACAAACCUCACAGAGGUGAUGAAUAGGCGACACAUGCGGACUGAUGGGGGGCAUUUAUCAGAGGGACUCCACCAUAUAUCAAUUGAGUUUCAGCACCUUGGACAGGGCUUUUAGAGUGGUGCCAUUUGUCAACGCCACAGGACCUAAAAUAUGACCCAUUAGAGCGCAGGUAGUGAAUAGGUCAGCAAGAAACUUGGAGGCUGCUAGCCUCUGAGCGCAGUGCAGUGCUCCCCUUCCCUCCAUGACCCUGGUGAAACACGGACGCCAUUACAAGAACAGCUCAGCAACUCUCUAGCUAAUUUGCUAAGCACUUCACAUUGAACCGACCCACCGAGAGGGGAAGGAGACAAAUGGAGUGCAAAAUUAGGACAAAGUGCCUACUAGGGCCAGUAGUGGUGCGUGGGUAAAAUCACUGGGGAAGCCAAGCCAGACAAAAAGCCAUAAUGCAACCAAUGUUGUGAUAAUUGUGUUGUUUUCUCUAUAACCUGUUAGGCCUAUAUAUCACGGUCGCAAGGCAUAUGAACUAAAGCCAAGACAAUAAGACAAAAUGGCAGAAUAAAUUCAACCACACCUUUCUUUAAUCAAAAAACUGGAGAGCAACCUCUGACCGGUGAAGUACACCAAGCAUACUGCAUGUAACAAACAUUUACAUGACCUACUGCAUGGUCAAGCAAGUUAAUGUUUCAGACAUUUUCGGACCACUAAACAAACAACUAUUAACUUAGAACCACGGAGAGUUACCACAAAUCGCAACGAAACCCGGAGUUGCCUCCACUAUUCCAGCACCAUUUCAAUUAUCAAAUCACCUACGCUUAGUCAAAUACAGUGACAACUAAACGAUUCCAAAAACAAUUUAGUGUGUGUGCACACGUUCAUGCAAGUAGAAAAAACAUGUUGACUCAGUGUAGAGAAACGCCAACGCCAUCUCUUUGAUUAGAUUUUUUCAUGUUGAAGAAACCAUCUAUCACUCAUACAGUACACGCUUUCAUUUGUUGUCCUAUGCUAGCAUUCUAAAAAACUUGCUUGCUAGCCUAACUUCCCUUCAUGGGCAAUAUUAGCUAGUUAACAUUAGCCUUCUACAUCUAGCUACAUAUUUAACUUCAAUCCUCUCAGGCCAGGGGCACAACAAUGUAUAAAUUAAUGGUUGGGUCAGAAUUGCCGUUAUUAUCAUUGGCCAGUACGUAGAAUUAAGUAAAACCCCAAGUCCAAAUCCCUAUCUCCUUCCCUGGCUGAUAAAGGAAAGGGAUAAUUUUAGCUAGCUAGCUAACGGAGUACAUCAACACAACGAGAUGCAUAACAAGUUUCUGUCAGUUACGUAUAUUCUUGAUGCGAUGUGAUCGGAGUGAAGCCAAAUCCAUACUGGCUUCUCUUGACAAAUUUUUGUUGGUGUUCCAGGACCAUUCACAGUUUAGCUGAUUGGCUAUUUUUUUAUCAAGGGAGGCCAAAUGCUUGCUGGCUUCUCUUGCAUACAAUGCUACGGGCGGCAAUAAUGUCAUUAUUUUGGACCUGAUGGCCUAGACAUACAUAGACAGAAGGG